AUAAGACGUUUUACAAGAUGACAGCAUUGCCAUUGGUUCAAAAAUUCGCCUAGCUCAAAAAGAUCCUUCUAAGUUGUAGCACAGUCAUAGCGUCAUAGUUUAUACUGUGUAAUCCUUUCUCUAGAGAUUGGAGCACAGAUUUGUAUCAAGUACUACAUUAACCAAAGUCAAGAGUGAACAAAUGCAAAGAGUAGUAUACUAACUGCGAAUGAACACGUAUUUCCUGUUAUACCUGACUUGAAAUACAAAUAUCAAACCCCCAGUUUUUGGAGAGAAACCAAGGGACCACAUAUAAACCUAUAUUACUCUUAAUUAUUCUAGGCAUUUAAUAUAAUAAUAAUGUCUGUGUGUAGCGGCCCAGAAAACUCUGUUUCGGAUAAAAAUUCAAUAGAUGAUGAUACGAAUGAAAAAAGUAUGAAAUUAAAAUACCGGGUGCGAGUAUGCCUCCAAAAUUACUUCAGUGACGAGCGUGCUCGCUGCUAUGUGUUAGUGUGGAAGCGACGACGCGUGCGAUGGCUGGAGCAGCGGCUGCGGGACCUGUUCGCUCUGCGCGGCCAGUUCUGGUUGCGCUCGCGGGGAUAUUUGUUGCCGAGCGCCGAGUCGCUAGCAAUAUUAGAGCCAGAUGAUCUUGUGGAAGUUGUGCCAAAGAUUAAUGAAACUGAUUCAACACAUUUCAGCAAGAGUCAAUAUAAAGAAAAAUCAAAUGUCAUACCAGUUAAAAAUACAACUUCAGAAUGGAAAGAAAUUCAUGAAGAAGAUAGUAACAUAUCUCAUCAGGAUAUUAAUUUAGAAAGUGUUAAAAUGCAAGCUUUGGCUUUACUAAAUGAAAAGUAUUGUGACAAAAAUGGCAAUUGUUCCUCAAAAGAGAGAAUAAAGUUUGAAGACAGCAAUUAUGAAUCAAAUGCCUAUCCUAUAGAAUAUCCAGCGCCGAAGCGAAGGAGAGUAAGGCACAGAAAAAGAAAUUCCAAAGUACCUCUUAAUGAAACUACUGAAGAUUGCAUAGACUGCGCUCUCGCUGCUCCCACUGCACCCUCCGCGCCCGCCGCCCCGACCGUCCGCCCCGCAUCCCCCGACCCCGUACAGCGCAACCGCAUCGCCAGCACUCGCGCACCUCGACUCGUGCGCUCCUUACUUUGA